AAAAAAAUAAAUUUCUGUCAGGGAAGCAUGGAGAACAUGAAGACUAUCAAAUCACUACAUGUCACUUGAUACUCACAAAAUCCGACGUUUCGUGCCACUGGUGCAGCAGAUUUUUAUGGUCACGCUGCCCCCAGGAUACAACAGCCCAACCUCCUUGUUGUAUCUUUACAAGUACUGCACUCUCGUAAAGAAAGCUCUACCCCAUCACCUUUUCCUUGCCUAAAGAGAGUUUGUAUAUUGUGUUUGUGAAAUAAGAGUGCAGAUCAUAAAAUUGUAUCAAAUCUUUUUGGUAGAAAUGGAGGCUGCCUAUUUAUAGGCUUUCCCAAAUGUAACUGAAGUUUAUUGCUUUAAAACAUUUUAAAAAGCAAAAACGCAUAGCCCUUUCAAUAAGACAAAACGCAUGGC